GUGCUGCAGCUAGCCUCGCCGGCUCUCGCUGACAGUCACUCACCUCGCGUCCUCGCCACUUAAACUUCUACUAUAAAUUAGUUAACUGCUACAGAGCUGAAUGACAGUGGUUGUGCUGUUUGUGUGUCACUGUUUUGCAAAAGAGUCAUGCAGCUGAUGCAUUAAAAAUGAGAGAAGGAGUGCGUGUUGUGUGACUCAGCUCUUGUUUAGUGAUGGAGAAGCCCUGGAGGCUGUGGGGGGCAAUGGAGCGGUGUACCCUGACUCUGGCCUCCUGGUCCUGGGGUGCCUGUCGUGUCUCCCUGUUGGCCCUAAUCCUAACCUUUCAUUUAUAUGGAGGAUUUUUUCUCCUAGCUCUCAUCCUAGCCUCUGUGGCAGGUAUCCUCUACAAAUUCCAGGAUGUGCUCCUCUACUUCCCCGACCAGCCCUCCUCCUCUCGCCUUUAUGUCCCUAUGCCAACAGGAAUCCCACAUGAGAAUGUGUACAUUCGCACCAAGGAUGGUGUGAAGCUCAACCUUAUCCUUCUUCGCUACACAGGAGGGGACAUGCCUCCUGGAGUCACCCCUGGCAAUCAAAGCAGCCCCUCUUCCUCCGCUCCACCUACCAUCCUUUAUUUCCAUGGUAAUGCAGGCAAUAUUGGUCACAGGGUGCCAAACGCUCUGCUGAUGCUGGUCAAUCUGAAAGCCAACGUAGUGCUGGUGGACUAUCGUGGCUAUGGAAAGAGUGAGGGUGAGCCCAGUGAGGAUGGGCUGUACCUAGAUGCGGAGGCCACGCUGGACUAUGUCAUGACCCGUCCUGAUCUGGACAAGACAAAGGUGGUACUAUUUGGCCGCUCAUUAGGUGGUGCUGUGGCCGUGCGCUUGGCAUCAGCCAAUCCCCACCGUGUAGCAGCCAUUAUUGUUGAAAAUACGUUCCUCAGCAUCCCACACAUGGCAGCAACACUCUUCUCCUUCUUGCCCAUGCGCCUGCUGCCCUUGUGGUGCUAUAGAAAUCAGUUCCUGUCCUAUCGGCAGGUGGCGCUGUGCCGCAUGCCUUCUCUGUUUGUUUCCGGUCUGUCAGACCAGCUCAUCCCACCAGUCAUGAUGAAACAACUGUAUGAGCUGUCUCCUGCACGGACUAAACGUCUGGCUAUAUUUCCAGAGGGCACACACAACGACACGUGGCAGUGUCAGGGCUACUUCGCUGCUUUGGAGCAGUUCAUAAAAGACCUGAUGAAGAGCCAUGCCCAUGAAGAGAGUGCUCAGCCCUCUGCUAGUGUCACCAUUAUCUGAAGGGACUGACUACAGGUUAUGGGGCUAGAUGAAGGAAAGGCUGUCACAAAAUUGUCGAAACUGACUAAAUAGAUUUUUGGGAAGAAUGUAAAUUUUUUUAUGCUUUUAUCUGGGUUUUUAUUUUAUUUCACUCUUUUUACCUUUCUGUAAAUGUAACAUUUUUGUCAAACUGAUAUGACUAAUUCAAUUGUUUGAGAAAGGGAAACAUGCCCUCAUAGGUUAUUUUGUGUUUCAACUAUGAAUGCAUGUACUUGUGACCUUUUUAUGGAGCCUGAGCAUACAUGCUCACACUGAAAGACAUGUCACAACCAUAAAAGAAUUAGCUGUGGUGCGCCUUCUGAAAUUAAUUACAAUCACUGAUACAAUUGCGCAAAGUAUAAUGAUCAUAUGAGGACCUACGGUAUAUUGGUGACAACAGAUUACUACUGCAAUUAAAUUACACUUCUGAAAUAUAAAAUGAGACAUAUAUAUAUAUAUAUAUAUAUAUGUUUUGUCAAUACAUUGCACUUUUUUUCAAAAUUGUAGUUUAAUCUAAUCUUCUGAGCAAUACUUAGAGGAACAUAUGGAUGGUUUUUUUUCUUUCCCCCUUUGGUGAGGAAAUAAUAUCAGCUUGGUAUGUCAUGACAUUGUUGUGAGAUAUAUAUAUAUAUGAGGUCCAAGUUUGUCCCCAUCAAAAAUAAGUUAUUUAGAUAUUUUUUCUUGUCAAACUUCUUGUGUUUCUGGGUUUCUGGGAUAAGCUAAAGAUAUUCUUCCUGUUACUGUGUCCUGUUGAAACACAACUAGCUCACAGGAUUGUCUGUGCUCUUAAAAAUGGUUGAACUAAGGAGCAUUUGCUGUGUGUGUGUGUAGUCUGUCUUGAUUCAGCACUGUAACAUGCCCAUAUGAAAUGACAAAAGGUUAGCAGAUGUUGUACUCCUCCUGUCCAUUCU